GAUUGCCAUGUCGAAUUCAGAUACUACUCCUCCAACCGUAACUGUUAAAGAAGAAGUGAAGACUGAGAUUCUUGACCAUGUUAUAAAGAAGGAAAUAAAGUGUGAGCUAGAGGAAGCCACCGGGAAGUCACAUGGUUUUAUUUGUCCCACAUGUAAAGCACAUUUCCUUUAUGAUACGUCCUUUAUUGAACAUGUUAAAGAACACCAUAAGGAAAUGGCUGACGACAAUUUAAAUUCUUAUGAACCGCCGAGUUCUUCCGAAUCAUCGGAUAAAGAGAACAAUUCAAAUGAUACCCUACACUUAGCCAAACCUUUCAAAUGUGAAGUUUGCUCCUAUUCUUGCUCAUUAAAAUCUUCACUUUUGAUACAUCAGAGAGUUCAUACCCAAGAAAAACCUUUUAAAUGUGAAGAGUGCACGUAUACAUGUUCUCGAAAAAGUCAUCUUGUCCAACAUCAGCGUAUUCACUCUGGUGAGAAACCCUACAAGUGUAAUGAAUGCUCAUAUGCUUGUUCUCAAAAAUGUAGCCUUAUCCUACAUCGGCGUAUUCACACAGGGGAGAAACCCUACAAGUGCAAGACAUGCUCAUUUACCUGUUCUACUAAAAGUAGCCUUGUCAGACAUCAGCAUAUUCACACUGGUGAAAAACCUUACUUGAAGUGCAAGGAAUGCUCAUAUGUUUGUUCUCGUAAAGGUACCCUUGUCAGUCAUCAAUUAAUUCACACUGGUGAAAAACCCUACAAGUGCAAGGAAUGCUCAUAUGUUUCUUCUUAUAAAGACAGCUUAGUCAGACAUCAGCGUAUUCACACUGGUGAAAAACCCUACAAGUGCAAGGAAUGCUCAUAUGUUUGUUCUCGUAAAAGCAGUUUAGUCAAACAUCAGCAUAUUCACACUGGUGAAAAACCCUACAAGUGCAAGGAAUGCUCAUAUGCUUGUUCUUAUAAAAACAGUUUAGUCAUACAUCAGCGUAUUCACUCUGGUGAAAAACCCUACAAGUGCAAGGAAUGCUCAUAUACCUGUUCUCAAAAGGGUCAUCUUGUCGUACAUCAACGGAUUCACACAGGGGAGAAACCCUUCAAGUGCAAGGAAUGCUCAUAUGUUUGUUCUCAUAAAAACAGUUUAGUCAUACAUCAGCGAAUUCACACUGGUCAGGAAUCGAAUAAAUGAAAACAAUUCUCCUUUUCUUUCAUUCGUACUUUUGUCAGACAUAAGACUAUUGAAAAAUUGAGAAACUGUUAACUUUUGUGUGAUUUAUUUUAAACAUAUGAUAAAAAGUUGUUACUUCCUUCUGUUAAGACAUGUGACCGCUAAUUUAGAUUCUUAAAACAUGAACUGAUUGUGUGUUCUCGGUGUUAUUUUUAUAAAUUUCCUGAAUGUUUUAAAAUUCAAUUAAGCUUACCCAAGAUUCAUUUUAUUUUCACAUUUUAAGAGAAAUUUAUGAUCCUAUAAUUUCGUCCUUUUAAAAUACUUCGAAAAAGCUGUUCUUCAUGUUCAGCAA